AAUUUAUUUAAUAUUAGUAAUAGUAAUGAUCUGUAUUAUUUAAACAAAUUCAUUGAUAAAGCAAAGUCAUUCAUGCUGUGCAACAUGCAGACUGUUUGUUCAAAUAAACAAAUAUUAUUUAACCACUUGUUCAAAAAUAACAAUAAUACAAGAAGUUCCUUCAAGAAUUGCAGAUUUAAUGGUUUUAUGAGUUCUAAAAAAGCUCACGAAGUUACAGUCCUUAACGAAAUUUCAUGUCUCUUAUAUGACACUGGGUAUGUUACCCAUUUUGUAGACAUAGGGGAUGGCAAAGGCUAUUUGAGCUCCCUUUUAGCCCUUAACAAUCAAAUUCAAGUUCUUGGAAUUGAUUCUUCACAUACUAAAACGCAAAGUUCGGUACACAGAACAAAUUUACUUGAAAGAAAAUGGAACGGCUUUAUUAAAGAUCAGACAAAAAGAAAAAUGCCAGAAAACAAGAAAAAGACACUUUAUAAACAAGUAACCCAUUUUGUUACAGAAAAUACGGAUUUUGAAAAACUUGUUCUGGAUAAUCUAUCAAGUGAUACUUCAAAAGUAGGUUUAUUGGGAUUGCAUACAUGUGGUAAUCUGGGAGCUUCCUCUAUUAAAAUAUUUAUUAAAAAUCCUAAGAUGUCAGCUCUCUGUAACGUAUCUUGUUGCUAUCAUUUUCUAACAGAGAACGAUGAAAAUAAUUUAGAGGAAUACUAUUUUCCUCUUAGUAAAUUUUUAAGCGAAAAGAACUUUAAGUUGGGGCGCAACGCUCGUAUGUUAGCUGCACAAUCUUUAGAAAGAAUUUUACACAAAUCAGAAGAGCCCAAUACGACAAACUUUUAUAGAGCAAUUUUACAAGUAUUUCUAAAAAAGCACAAUUUCAGACAUUUUAAUAUUGGGCGAAUAAAAAGUAAAUGUUGCAGUUUUGAGGAGUAUGCCAGAACAGCGCUUAAGAAAACUAAUUUAAAUAUUUCUGAUAAUGAACUACGUAGCAUGUAUGAACUAUAUGAAGGCGACCAAAAUGCUUUUAUUGCAUUUUAUUUAUUACGAUGUUAUUUAGCGCCAGCUAUUGAGAGUUUAAUAUUAUUAGACCGACUUAUGUAUUUAAAUGAAAACGGAAUUAAAGAGUCUUAUUUAGUGCAGCUGUUUGAUCCCAUUAUGUCCCCAAGGUGUUAUGGACUCGUUGCAUUGAAAAAAAUUGGUUGAAAUUUUAUAUAUGUACUGUAUGGUUUAUUUCAAAAUUAUAUUAAAGACAUUGUAAAAAUAAUUUAAUAAAUAAUGUAAUUAAUAAGAAACUCGGGUGAAAGUUCACUAUUAUUAGGGAAGCUAUAAGAGUUAUAAGUGGAGUCAGAAAUAAAGAAGUUUUUAUAAAAAUAAACUGGAAAUUUUCUGAAAGACAUCGUAUAUUUCAGUAUAAGCAAAACAAUGUGAAGUACUCUUCUUAUAUAUCAAAAAUAAAUCCACAAAGAGUUCUUAAGUACUAAAUAACCAACAGCUACGGUUUUAUGUACAAUGCAAUAAUAAUAAAGCGAACUAAGAAUAAUUUACAAGUUCCGACUGCAUUUAGAUAUCCGGUUAAUAAAAAUUAUAAUACGCUAAGUAUGCUCAUAAAAAACGAUAACAAAAUUUAUCAUUCACGUAAAGAUCGUUUAACGAUAGGCAGUUAUUUUUAGAGUGUUUUUUAAAUAUUCUGAUAAUCGGGAA